AAGGCCAAGAGCCUCGACGCCUACCUCUCCAGCACCCCUCACGUGCGCGUCGCUCUCCAGCCAGAACUCACCACGUCUCGAUCCAUUGCCUCCGGUUCUGCUUCUCUCGUUGGCCCCAACCACGGUAUGUCGGCCCAGUCGCAUGAUGACACGCAAGCCCUCCUGGACAUGCUUCAACUGUACCCCUCGGAGUCUCCCAACGAUGCUGACGAGGAACCCACUAGCCCCCUGGAGACCAUCCCGUCUGAGCCUGAG